CAAAACUAAAUAGGUAGCCGGCGGGAUUUAACCGUAAAAAGGACAAAAACGUUUGAAAUAAAAAGCGGGACCAACCAACUCUUUCUUCCACUUCUAUUUCCACAAUAUUGCGUUAAAAUCAAUCAACUUUUUUUCUUCAUUUUUUUAGGGUUCUUUCAAUUUUAUUGUAUCUUCAUUUUUCAGUGAGAAAUUUCUUACUACAACUCAAAAAUGGCGAGAAAAAGAUGUUACCUUGACAUAAGUAUUGGCGAUGAACUUGAAGGUAGAAUUGUUGUUGAGCUAUUUAACGACGUCGUUCCGAAAACCGCCGAAAAUUUCCGAGCACUUUGUACUGGUGAAAAAGGUAUUGGGCCCCACUCCGGUGUACCGCUUCAUUACAAGGGAAGUUCGUUUCAUCGUGUUAUCAAGAGCUUUAUGAUCCAAGGAGGAGACAUAUCAGCUGGAGAUGGUACUGGAGGGGAAUCAAUAUAUGGGUUGAAAUUUGAGGAUGAAAACUUUGAGUUGAAACAUGAACGGAAGGGAAUGUUAUCAAUGGCUAACUGCGGGCCUAACACCAAUAGCUCUCAGUUUUUUAUUACUACUACUCGGACUUCUCAUCUGGAUGGGAAGCAUGUUGUAUUUGGUAGAGUGAUUAAAGGUAUGGGAGUUGUUCGUUCCAUCGAGCAUGUCAAUGCUGAUGAAAGUGAACGCCCUAGCCAGGAUGUUAUUAUUGCUGAUUGUGGUGAGAUUCCUGAGGGGGCUGAUGAUGGCAUCUCAGAUGUAUUCAAGGAUGGUGAUACCUAUCCUGAUUGGCCAGCUGAUCUCGAUCAGAGUCCUGAUGAACUCUCUUGGUGGACUGAUGCUGUUGAUUCUAUUAAGGCACUUGGAAAUGAACAUUUCAAAAAACAGGACUAUAAAAUGGCUCUAAGAAAGUACAGGAAAGCCCUACGCUAUUUAGAUGAAUGCUGGGAGAAAGAUGGGAUUGAUGAAGAGAAAAGUGCAUCAUUGCGAAAAGUCAAGUCGCAGGUUUUCACAAAUAGUUCGGCCUGUAAGUUAAAGCUGGGAGAUUUAAAGGGCGCUUUAGUGGACACUGAAUUCGCAAUGCGUGAUGGAGAGGAUAAUGUCAAGGCUUUGUUUCGCCAAGGACAGGCCCAUAUGGCUCUUAACGACAUAGAUGCUGCUGUUGUAAGUUUCAAAAAGGCAUUAGACCUGGAGCCUAAUGAUGCUGGUAUCAAAAGAGAACUAGCUAGUGCAAGGAAGAAGAUUACUGAUAGACGUGACCAAGAGAGAAAAGCCUACUCUAAGAUGUUCUCGUAGUUCUACUGCACUAUAUGAUACAGUCGAUGUCGUUGGAAAGUUCAGGCAAUUUGCUUUACAGGCUCCGCCCGAGCUUAAAUGAGCAGCAACCUUCAGUUCUGGUGGAAUUAUCGGGGUGGUGCCUGCAAAGUACAAAUCCUGAGCCAGGUCUGCCGGUGAACUUUGGAAAUCAAGACUUUCCAGCAAGAUCUUUUCUAGGGAUACAAAAAGAGAAAAUGAACAAAAAAGACUUUCGAACAUUUCUGAAGAGUUUACUCUUAUAUUGAUAACAACAUUAUGUUUAAAAGAUGGGAACUUUGGACGAUUUUGAUUUUCCAUUUCUGAUCAAUGUGAUGAUGACUGGUACUAAACUUGGACUCA